AUGCCGGCCAGCAAGCCGCCGUCGAAGCGAUCUUCCCCGCUUCACGACUCGCUUGCCACGUGUCAAGCGGUCAGCAGCGCGAGGCCCGCUCACGAAGAGAAGGAGGAGGAAAGGGACGCGUUGUCGGCUAACGGUCGGCCCCCAGCCGGUCAGCCGGUUAACGUCCGGCAACCCGCCGGCGCGUCGGUGGAACCGGCGCACGGGACGAGCAACGGCACGGCCACAGCGAACGUGCUGGGAAGCUUCCUGUCGACGCUGAACCUCUUCUGCGCCGAGAAGUACUCCGUUCGGCACGAGCUGCACGAGUUCUACGUCUACGACUUCAUGAAGAUUUGGAAAUGCUCCCAGGAGGAAGCCAACCACCGCGUGCACGACUUCUUCAAGUCGGCGCAUUUCAACGACGGCAUCCCCAUCAUCCCUGGUGCCUUUGACACGCUGCGCCGCCUCUCCCACUUCACCGACCUUGUUGUUGUCACGUCGCGGCAGCAUGUAAUUCGAGAGCCCACAUUGGAGUGGUUGGACAACCACUUCCCCGGGGUCUUCUCCUCAGUGCACUUCGGCAACCACUUUGCGCUCGAGGGCACGCCUAAACCCAAGUCCGAGAUGUGCCGCGAGUUGGGCGCGGAGGUGCUUAUCGACGACAACCCGCGGUACGCCAUGGAGUGUGCAGAGCACGGCAUCCAGGUGCUGCUCUUUGAUUGGCUGCUGCAGUACCCCUGGAGCAAGACGGCGGGCGGCGGGCCCCACCACGAGCUGAUUGAGAGGGUGCGGGACUGGGGCGAGGUGGAGGUGGCUGUGCGGCGCAUGGCUGUUGAUAGGGCCAUGCCGUGGAUCAAGGAGGAGAGGAAGAAUGCCCGUAGAUGA